AUGCCCAUUCCUUUUGUAUACAUGCCAGUUUCUGAUUCCUCCCUUUGUGAUACGAACACAGCGGGGAGGACAUCAUUACGGCCUCCACCCGGCACAGGGGGAGCCACUGGCGGGAAAUACGCAUCUGCACGAGCAGUAGCUGGACAGCGGCGCUCGGACACACGGGUGCGGGGUGCCUUUUUCUCAGCCCGGGGUCCCUCCGCGUCCACGCCGGACGACACGGACAUCGAGUCUGGCAACGAGGAACCGGUCGACUACAGCCCUGGUGUUAACACAUCAGGCGGAAGUUUUGGAGUAUCGCUGCAGAAGCGGCCUUCCAACUCGACGCUAACUGGAGUCGCAGCGUUAUCGAUGGCAGACAUCCCGCUUGUGGCUGCUGAGGGGUCUAACAUGAUGGGCAGGCGGGUGCAUCCCAACAGAGUUGCAUCAACGCUGACGGCGCAGCUUGAUCCUUUAAUGUUAACAGGGCGUUCGGAAGAUCUCGAUGAGAGACCAGCAUCACAAGCGCCACGAAGGAGCGUACAUACUCAAGUGUCGGAUGAACAUGAAGACGGUAUUGUCCUUGUACCUGUUCGGAGAUCUGUUGCCCGCGGCGAAGGCAAGGAACAAACGAAAUUUCAGGCUGUUUCCCGCAUCCAAGACAAGGACGAGGACAGUUGGGAACAUGAAAACAAAAAGGCGUCAACUGUACAGCAGGGUUUUGCACCUGUGCCACCACAGUGCAUCUCAAGCGCUCCGGCAGAAACGUCGGUGGCUUCUAGAAAACCAUCGGGGUCCGCGAACACCAGACGUAAAAGCAGCGUUCCCGCUGUGGUCAACGAUGCUUCAAUCAUUAUCGGCAGCGGCUCAGUGCUGCGCCAAGGCUGCUACGAACCAGACCAGGAGUGGCAAGACACGGGUGUAGUAGCCAACACUUCACAGCUAAAGGGAGACGCGGAGACUGCGACUGUCCGUCCGCGAGGGGCAUUCCGAAAGUCCUCGUGCGAACGCGCAAGGUCUGUGGUACCAUUAGCAUCACAAGCCAAAAAAAAAGUCGAAUUAUUCGACGACGCUAAACACUUGACUUCUGAUGUCCGAUCUCUCAGCAAAGGUGCCCUGGGACGGACACUGCAAGCCUCUAAACGUCCCGAGCUCCCACGCCAAAAUGCCUCAAGUAGGUAUUCCAAUCGCCAGUCGUCCCUACCAGUCGCAGCGGGGCAGAACGACGGCGUCCAACAUAGAUCGUCUGAAAGGGACGUUAGGGAGGGACGGGGGGUUCCCCUGUCCGCCGCACCAGUCGGUGAGCCGCCACGAAGUCACAGAAGACAAUUGCAACGAGGAGACGAACUAUCAGACGACAAUGCACAUUUUGACCACGGUGAAAGCAGUGUAGAGAAACGGCGGUGCCAAACUGGUCUUGGUGGUAGACGUUCGACUAGGCUCCAAGGGUCGGCUGCAGCAGUACGCGCGGCCACUGGUCGCCGCAUUGCUGCAGUGGAGGACACAAAAGAGUCUGAGGCACCUGACGUAGAAACUGGCGUCGAGAGGGGAGAAUACCCAGAAGAGGUUUCUGCUCUUGCAUCUUGCCGCAGCGUCCGGCAUUCCAAUAAGGGCAGAGGACGGGUCACCAUGGGGGUGAGCCCCGCCACGGAUCAAUAUCUACUGCGAUCUUCUCAGGUUUACGGAUGCCGAAAAACGAUGCGCUUCGCUGCUGAUGGAAACGGUGACGAAUAUGAAGAGAGUCGCCGGAAGGCAGCAAGUUGGGCGGCAACCCCGCGUGAUUCCUUUGGCGGCAAGCGAUCGGUCCAGGAAAAUCUUUUUACUGACAGCGACCAAGAGGAGGAGUGUGAUGGAGAAGAAGGGAACCAGACUUCGGAUAAUGCAGAUGAUUUCGCAGGGGGGGAGAUUGCAAGUACCUAUGACGCAUCCGACAGCAUACAAGCAGCACAAGAAGAUGAAAACGGAACAAUUCUUGUUCCGCUGAGAAGAAGUACUCGGCGACAAACGAACUCGUCAACCCCUCGCCGCAUGUCAACGAGAGUUCGGGAAAGCGAGUCAAACCCUUCAACGAGGAAAAACUCUUCAGGCUGUUGUUGUGGCUUCAUGUGUUGUUGCGGGCCUGAAGUGCUUGCUGACACACCAGGAGAUUCACCAGACAUGUCUCUAGCUACGCCACCUCAACCGAAAGACGCGAGAGAGAAACAGCCAAAGGACCCUCUUCGAAUUUCGAUAACGCAAAAACGCUGUGGUCAAAAUGAUGUUACAGGGGAAGCAUCACACAACCUAGUAACCUCUACAAGGAGGGCCACCCUUCAGUUGCCUUUCGUCACGGCGCCCCGGAACGUCUGUAAGGCGACUGAAAUGACACUGGACACCCGUAGUCUACAACCUCCUCUCUUCAACUACUCCUUGUACUUCUUUCCCACACAAAACACGUGUUCGUCGUUAAGGACACGAAAAUGUUUCUCCCAGAGUGACUACCUCCGGCACAGCAUCUCUCGCGUUUCAAGACAACAGCUUAGGGCGCACUGA